CUCUUUUACAAAUGAUAUUAUAGUGAAAGUAAAUGUUAGGUGUCUUAGUUGUAUUGAGAACCCGAGGAGUAUAGUGGUCAGGAAGGGUAUUGUUUAUAAUUGAUACUGAUAGUGAGUUCCUAUAUUUGGCUAGUCACAUGCAUCUUAAAGCUCUUGUAUUAGCAAAUUAAUAGGGAAAUCAUAACUGUUGAUAUGGCAGACCCAAGCUUGAGUAUGAGUAGUUCUGAGUCUGGCACAUCAACAAAGCGUGUGGUGUUUGCGUCCAGGGCUCUUACUAAUGAUACUGAGCCAGGUGUAGUGAAUUCUCAAAAGUGUUUAAUCAAGCAAUCUGUGGCAGAGGACAUGAUCCUAAGGCGCAGUCAGUACCUCAAGCCUAAAUGCAGAGUGCGAAAGAUUUCUUCAAAGGCAGCUGUAUUAGUGCUCAUUUGGACUGUUCUUGUCAACUGUACAUUUGGAUCACUGGACAAUUUUAUGAUACUGUUUAAGUUGAAUUAUGAGCUAAUUCCCACUGUUGUGCCUGGGGUCAUGUUUGUCCUGGUGGCUUUACUUUCUGGAUACAUUGCCGAUAAUUUUAUUGGGCGAUACCGAUCAACGAAGAUUGCAUUCAUACUGUUGUUUGUAACUUCCAUUCUGCAGUGUAUAUUGGUGAUAGUUAGACAGUCUAUCAUGGAGUACUCACCUAGUUUGAGUAUUGGGUUAGUAACGUUCACUUCGUCUCUAGGAUACGGUAGUGUUGCUAUUUUAUUUGUCACCCUAUCGCAAAUUGGUUUGGAUCAAAUUACUGACAGCUCAGUCUCCAACAUCACCAGUUUCAUAUCAUGGUUUGUCGCUUCUGUGUAUUUCGGUAAUUGGUUUAGUGAUUUCUCUUAUAACACGGGCUCAGUGUGUUUCGGAAUUAACUUUGAGACAGUUUGGAGCUUGUUAUUUGUAGUUUGCAUGUCAAUUGUUCUCAUCUCAGACCUUUUCCUCACUCCAAAAUGGCUUAUUAUUGAACCAAAAUGUCCACAGUGUAUGAAGAUGGUCUAUCAUGUCUUGAAAUAUGCUGCAAAGCACAAAUCUCCUACUAAUCGCAGUGCUCUCACAUACUGGGAGGAAGACAUACCUUCUAGAAUAGACUUGGGGAAGACCAAGUAUGGUGGACCGUUUACAGUAGAGCAAGUUGAAGAUGUGAAAACUCUCUUACGAAUAUUAGCUCUCACUGCACCCUUAUGGCUGAGCUUUUUCUCAUUCCAAAUGCAAUCGAACAUUAUAAAUAUACUCAAAGCUGAUUCUAGCAAUGUUGCGAAUACAACAGACAGCCAACGAUGCCACUCACAUGUGAUUAAGUUUUUCACCUAUGACCUGAAUUUGCUUCCUUCCCUGUUCCUUGUUGUGCAUGAGCUCGUUAUUUUCCCACUAUUUGGACAUUUGACUCCAAGCUCAAUCCGACGUAUUGGUGUGUCUUUCCUGUUAAUUGUGAUCACCUCCUUCUUAUGCGUAUUGAUCUGUGUGUACUUCUAUUUCAACCAUGAUGUUCACAUUGCACUAGUCUACAUCCAUGCUUUGUGUGUAGCUAUCAUUUAUUCGAUACUAUAUCCUUCUUUAAUGGAGUUUGUCUCUGCUCAGUCACCUUACAAUAUGCGCGGUCUUUUGCAGGGCUACUUGUGGUGUAUUGUCAUCAUUUCUUAUCCAAUAGCCGAACUUAUAACCACCUUCUCGUUUUUUAAAGACGGUUUAGCGCAACACAUAUUGAUUUUCUCAUCCUUUAUUACGGUGGUGACUUUGGUUGGGUUUGUACUGUUUUGUCUACUUGCUCGCUGGUACAAGAGGAGAGAAAGAGAUGACAUAGUCAACGUUCAUACUUUGGUUGAAGAAGUCUAUGACAGAUAUAUCUCAAAUAGAUCUGUACUCUAGCACGUACUGGCCAGUAUUUUUUAUAUUAAGUUGCUUUGAACGUUUUCGUUUUUGUUGAUACUUUCCAUGAAAAAGUUUCCAAGAAUAAGUUAUCUACAUACAUUUCUAACUGGAGAACAAUAUAAUAACUGUAUGUGUUCUGCAGGAAUACAAUGGUUGCCACUAUAUAUGUAUCCUUGGGGCAUUUGACAAUGUUUUUGUGGUGUAUUGUACAUACAGUCGCAUAAGUUGUUAAAAACAUUGUCUACCAUUGUUUCACUCGAACAAUAUGUGUAGCACGUGCUAAUCAGUAGCCAUUGCUUAUUGACGAAUGUAGCCUAUCUGUAAAGACAACUAAAACAUUAACAUGUCUGAAAAUUUGGCUGGCAUAUCUGAAGAAUUUGAACCACCUGUAUGUAUUCAGCAGCUUAAGCCCAACUACAGGAAAUGCUUCAAGCCCAGAUGGAGAAAAUUUUCUUCCAAGUCAGUCCUGUUAGUUCUCAUCUGGAACUUCUUUCUCUCUGUAAUGAUCAAUGCUAUGACCUAUAAGUACGUUGGUGUGUCUGAAGUGGAGGGCAGUGUGAUUGUUAGUGUUGUCCCUUAUAUCCUGUGGCCGUUCAGUGCCGUCUUUUUUGGUUGGCUGGCGGACACAUAUUUAGGGCAGUACCGUGUUGCUAAGAUGGGGAUGGUUUUAAUGUUUGUGACAGCUUUGCUUCAAUCUUUUCUGUUUGUUGUUGAAAAUGCCGUUGACAUCGAUGCUAGCCUGGUAAUUGCACUAAUUACUAUAGUCAAGUUUAUUGGGCAUGGCAGUAGUGCCAUAAUUCCAGUGACGUUGCCUCAAGUUGGUCUGGAUCAGAUGCCUGAGUCUUCAUCAACUAACAUUACCAGUUUCAUCGCCUGGUUUGUCGCUUCUGUGUUUGGUGGGUUUUGGUUAGCCGAAGUUUCUUUAAAUGUUGGUCUUUAGUGUAUUGGGUCGGAGUAUGCUCUUGUUUUAGCUUGUUUCCAGUGAUUUGCAUGUCUAUUGUUCUCAUUUCUGAUGUUUUUAUAACUCCAAAAUGGCUGAUAAUUGAACCAAAGUCAUCGCAGUCUCUGAAAAUUAUUUAUCGAGUUCUCAAGUUUGCUAAGCAACACAAGGCUCCUAUCAAUCACAGUGAAUGGACAUGAGCAAGUCAAGGUAUGGUGGACCGUUCACUACAGAGCAAGUUGAAGAUGUGAAAACUCUCUUUCGAAUUUUAGCUCUUACCUCACCCAUGUGGAUAAUCCUCGUCGCUUUUCAUAUGUUUCUGAACAUUUUUGCUCUCUUUGAUUAUGAGCUGCAUUUCGAUGGAGCCUCUAACUGUACCACAACUGUACUGACCUACUUCACUUAUCAAUAGGACCUGUGGUGCAUUGUUCUAGUAGUAGUUUAUGAGCUAUUCAUGUACCCUCUGAUCUGUCACAUAUUUCUAAGCUCCAUACGACGAAUUGGCCUUAUAGCCUUUGUGAUUUUAUCGUGAACUUUGUGUGUGUACAUCUGAGUAUUUACUACUAUGUGACGAACCACCCUGUCCACAUAGUUUGGCGUAUGCUCACUCUAUUGUCGUGGCCGCUCUUCUUAUCUCGUUACUGACUUCCGCUAUGGAAUUUGUGUGUGCCCAGUCGCCCUACAAUAUGAGAGGCCUUCUGCUCGGCUAUGUGUGGUGUAUCUAUGUAGUCACAUACAUUUUAGCUCAAUUAUUGUUCAAAGUACUUUAUGAUCUUAGAUCAACUCACCCGUGGAUAGUGAUACUGUAUACUGGACUGGCUGCUUUGUUAAGUCUUGCUGGGUUUGUGUUGGACUGCCUCCUGGCCCGCUGCUACAAAAGGAGAGUGAGAGACGACAUAGCCACCCCUCAAAAAUGGGUGGAGGAUGCCUAUGACCGAUACCUCUCAGAGAAUGAAGAGAAUGAACUGGUUUUUGUUUUAUAUUAUUAUAUUAUCAAUGUGAUAAAAUUUAUAUUGGCUACAUAAUUAUUGGCUACAUGUAGAUAAUGUCUAUUAAUUUCCUUUUAAAGAAAAUAUUAACAAUAAACAUAAGUGAAAUAAAGAAAUUUAUGAGCUGUAGUCCUUUACGUAUGCUUAGCCUGUGCUCAGUGACAGUAUUACUCUCCCACCCACACAC